AAUGCCUCCCUCUCAGCACCUCACCCCGCCGCCGUCCUCCUCCACGGUGGGUGCCGCACCACCAGAUGGCGAGCAGCAGCUUCACCCUUCCACCUUGGCCCCGCUGAGGCGUCGCUCGCCCCAGCAGAGGGUUUCCUGUUACCUGGGCGAGGGCGUGGACUCCCACCUGAGGCGCGAGUCCGGCCUGGGCCCCGAGUGUGACCCCGCAGGAGCGUUUGGCUCCAAGGCGUCCCUCAAUCAGCGGCGCUACUCCCUGGAGCUUCAGCAGCUGGUCAGGCGGCAGCAGCUCCUCUCCCAGCCGCCGCCUCUCUCUGUCCCGCCGCCGUACCCUGCCGCCGGGUAUGGGUCAGCUCCCAGAGGAGGCGGCGGCCUGGCAGAGCCCGGCUACCUCUCCGAGCCUGAGAGGCACAAACGGCUCUCCCUCCAGGAGGCUCUGUUUUACAAACGCCUCAGCACCGGCGGCGAGCUGUGGGAGAGCACGAGGCCGGCGUCCCUCUCUCAUCCGCCGCACCGCACGUCUGAUGUGACCGGAGGAGGCGUAGGAGGAGGUUUCUUCUACCCCCCAGGUCCGACUCUGAGCCCAUGCUCUUCGUUCAGCCUCCAGGAGUCGGUGCUGGUCAGCCCGAGGUCCAGCUUCGCCUCCAGCACGGCCAGCGGCGGCGGCGGAGGGAGCCCCAUGGGGAGCCGCUGCAGCAGCAACCGGACCAGCGGCAUCAGCCUGGGCUACGACUCUCGCUACUCCGCCUCUGGAGGCCUCCCUCCACAGCAGCAGUCGCCCUCCAUGCAGACGGGUGGCUCCGCGGUCGGUUACGGAGCGCCAGGCAGGGCCGGGGUCACCCCAGUGGAGGCCUGGACUCAGUACCUGGACGGCGGGAUGCGUCCGGGGGCCCACGAUAGCCGGCACUCCUACCCGCCCGCUGUUGGAAGUCCGGGAGCAGCGUGCUACCAGGCCGGGCCGGAGUGGUGGGACGAGCAGCAGGUGGGAGUGAGAGGCAAAGACGGAGGUGUGAUGGGAGACAGGGCCCGGUACUCGGACCUGCCCGGCACGCGGUACCAGGAGGAGCUCACCCGACUCCUGCUGAGAGACGCGGCGCUGCAAGGUGACGGGCUCCUGGAGGGCCUGAUGCUGAAGGAGUCCAUGGCUCUGACGGCUCUUUCCAAGCCGAGCACGACUACGCUGGGGCCUUGCUCGGCUGGAGGGCCGGUCAAACCUCAGGAGGAGCCCGGAGUCGGAGCUGGGAGGGAGGCGGCGGAGAACCGGCAGGAGUUCUUUGGUGAGAUCCCCGUUUUGUUUUUGUUUUUUUUAAAGCUAACACAAAUUGUAAAAUCAUGUCAGCACACUCACGGUGUCUCCUCAGCGUGUUAUUACUGUCCUCCUCACCGCCUGCUGUCAGAUCACAGGUUUCCCUCUAAAAAACUUCCCGGUUGUUAUCCUGCUGAGUGUGUCUCUUCUCCCGUCUCUCCAACAGGACGCACCCUGAGAAACAAGGACUUCUACAAUGUCAAUGGCUCUGUGUACUGUAAAGAGGAUUACAUGUUUUCGGGAUUCCAGGCUGCUGCUGAGAAGUGUAAUGUGUGUGGCCACCUUAUUCUCGAACAGAUCCUGCAGGCUCUCGGGAACUCGUACCACCCCGGCUGUUUUCGCUGCGUGGUGUGCUCCAAGGCUCUGGAUGGGGUGCCUUUCACUGUGGACCACCAGAGCAACAUCUACUGCGUGGCAGACUACAACAAGACUUUUGCCCCGAAGUGCGCUGCCUGUUUACAACCCAUCUUACCUACUGAGGGCAGUGAAGAGAUCCUCAGGGUCGUGUCUAUGAACAAGGACUAUCACUUCGAGUGCUACCACUGUGAGGAGUGUGGCAAGCAGCUCUCCGAUAAGCCUGGCUCGCAGUGCUUCCCUCUGGACUCUCAUCUCCUCUGCCACACCUGUCACAUGGGCAGAGUGUGCGCCACACACAACAUUCCCCCUCACAGCACACACUGAUCAGCGCCUAUGCAGCUGUAGAUGUUGUGAAAAAGCUGGUCUUAACAUGCUGUCGUUCUCUCGUGUGCUUGUGCUCCGUCUUUUUUUUUCCAAGAUGAAACUGCUGAUAUUAAGACAUUUCCACUGAUUCCUUUUAGUCUUUGACUUGGAUCAGUCCCCUUUGUCACAUGUACUGCCUGCUGUACUUCUUGUACUAUUACUGUACCAUAGUUAUAAGGGAAUGGGAAAGAAACUACUGCUUUUUUUACCCCAAUGUGGCUACUGUUUGCUGUAGAAGAACAAGGGAUUUUUGCUAAACUGUUUUGUACAUAUAUUAUCGCUAGCAAACAUUUUGCACUUAAAUUUGACUUUACUGUAAGAUUUGUUACGUGAAUCUGUACAAUUUGGGGGAAAAACAUUACUGUAAUUUCUGUAUGUUGUAAUAAAUAUUUUCAUUUGUGUUCAGACAAGUUCAGCAUAACAAACCUGAAUGCCUUUUAAAAAAAGAUUUUCCUCUGCACUUAACUGUCCAUGCUUCAAAUACUUUUCCAA